CGUCACAGAGGUCACGUGCUUCCGGUUCCCAGCGUGGCGGUCCUUCUGGUGUAGGUUGCCCAGCUUCCUGCGAGCAGGUUCUCCUGGAGAAUAUGGGGACUUUUCGCUUCUUUUUUCACUUUGGCUUGGAACGCAGGCAUUCGUAUAAUCCAUCCAUGAGUUGCUUUUUCAGUUCCUGUUGGCUGUGUUCUUGAUUAAAACUGUUUACGAUUUCGCGCAGCUCUGUUUCUAAAAACAGCAGCAAUCGCCUACAGUAUGAUAUAAAUUCCUCGUGUGUCAGUGCCAACCAGGGACAGCAGCUCCACAGGACACACACAGAUUUGUGGGUGGAAGGCAGUUUUGGUUUCCAAGAUUGUCCCCAUCUCAUCACGGAAAAGUGACACCUCUGGUCAGUCUGGUGUUGUGGCUCAUUAUGUAACCAGUUAUGACAGCACUAUCACAGACAGUGAGUUAAUUGGUUCCAUUGUGAGAGAUGGAUGACUUCCUGGCAGAACUUUGCCAGACAGACCCUCUGGAUCCCCUUCCAGUGUGGCAAAAUGGAACAAUCACCCCCUGUUUUAACCAGCUGGUCCUUGGCUCCUUGUCACAUUCUGUCCUUGCUGUCUCUAGUGCAUGUUACUUGAGUGCACACAGAUACAGCAGCCCUAAUGUCCCUUCCUCAUGCAGUUGGAGCUGGAGGAUGGCUAUUGCUUUACUGGUUGCCUUAUUUUUCAUUGUGGAUGUAGUCAUGGUUAUCCUCCUAAACCAACCCAUUAUGUACCUGAACAUCCUGGCUGAUGGAUGUGGCAUUUUGGCGUGGUUUGUCCACUUUGGGGCACUAGCAUUCCUGCAGCAGUUUAACUGCACAGGUCCUGGGAACAGGGGACCGUUAACACUGUUAGUACUGGCCAUUCUGCCCGCUCCCAGCCUUACCAUUAACCUGGUCAAUUUUUGCAAGGAUUCCACCUAUUUAGACAUAUCUCAUCCCUUCAAGAUUGUACGUUUGACAAUUGUAGCCACACAGUUAUUUUUUCUUUUGAUCUACCUGCUCACAUUUUUUAUUACAUGUCAUAGGCAACGGAUAGAACAUCUCUCCAUAAAUGAAUCAGAGCAGGCCUCCCUUAUACCCAAUGAUUCUCACUUCGACCAAGAUGGACAAAUUGUUGGUGAGGACGGUUGCAACUGGGUUUCUCAACUCUUCUAUUUUUGGCUGAACCCCUUGAUGAAACGUGGCCAGCACAGUGAACUGAAGAGGCCUUCAGAUGUCUACCUGUUACCCCGCCGACUACGCACCAGGGCCAUCUGCCAACACUUUGACCAAUGCUGGCAGGUGGUUGUAGGACAUGGAAGGGAGGAGGAGCAGAUGAGGAACAGGCUGACGCCUGGAAGGAGCAUUGAGAAUGGCACUUGGAGCCAGCCUGCUUCACAGGAAAUUCUUAAUGAUUCAGGGAUGUGCAUAGCUGAGGAGCCUGAGGUCAAGCUCAUACAGGUGCUACACAGGGCCUUUGGAAUGAAAUUUUACCUCCUCGGCCUAUUAAAGCUGGUAGGGAACAUGCUGGGCUUUGCUGGGCCAUUGCUCCUCAACAGCCUGGUGAGCUUCAUGGAGAUGGGCCAAGCACCUGUUAGUAAGGGUCUGUGGUGCUGUCUUGGUCUUUUUGCCAGUACCUUGCUUUCUGCCUUCCUUCGCAACAUCUUCUCAUUUGAAGUGUCCAAGGUGUCACUCUCUGUUCGUGCUGCCAUCAUUUCAACUAUUUACCGCAAGACCCUACGAGUUGGAAGUUCCACACUAGCCAGUUUCUCCCUGGGUGAGGUCGUCAAUUUCAUGAGCACAGACACUGAUCGGUUGGCUAAUUUCUUCAGUAGUUUCCACGAGUUAUGGAGCCUUCCCUUCCAGUUUGCCAUCACCCUCUAUCUGCUUUACCUGCAGGUGGGGGUGGCCUUCCUGGGGGGACUUGGCUUAGCACUGUUGCUUGUGCCAUUAAAUAAAGUGAUUGCUACAUGCAUCAUGCAGAACAGCAAGCAAAUGCUCCAGCAGAAAGACACUCGUGUCAAACUAAUGUCAGAGAUGCUGUUUGGAAUACGGGUUAUGAAGUUCUACACCUGGGAGCCACACUUUAUGCAGAAGAUCGCUGACUGUCGGAAGCAGGAACUCCGCCACCUAAAAACUAUCAAGUACCUUGAUGCCGUGUGUGUAUAUACAUGGGCUGCACUCCCUGUGAUCAUCUCUAUUCUCACAUUUAUAACAUAUGUUCUGCUGGGUCACAAACUCACUGCACCCAAGGUGUUUACAGCACUUGCCCUUGUGGGCAUGCUGAUUCUGCCUCUAAACAGCUUCCCAUGGGUUUUGAAUGGUAUCAUUGAGGCCAUGGUGUCCUUGGAUCGCAUACAGUGCUUUCUGAGGCUUCGCAACCGGGACUUGAACACCUAUUACAGCCAGGUGGCCCCUGAGGAUCCUCAGACAGCUGUGCAAAUGGAGCAGUGCACCUUUUCCUGGAAAGGGCAAGAUGGAAGGAACGCUCAAGCUCUGGGAGAGACAGGCAUGAUUGGUCCAGAGGGAAGCCUUCUGCUCCAUAACCUCAACUUUACCAUUAAAAAGGGGUUCCUUGUUGCUGUGGUCGGGAAAGUGGGCAGUGGAAAGAGUUCUCUUCUGGCAGCCAUCACAGGAGAACUUACCCGAUGUCAAGGUAGGGUGUACGUCCAAGGAAUGGAGAAUGGGUUUGGCCUUGUGGCUCAGGAGCCCUGGAUUCAGCAUGCAACAGUUCGUGACAACAUACUGUUUGGGAAGAAAUUCAACAGCAGCUUCUACAAUUCUGUGAUUGAAGCUUGUGCACUCACCAGUGACAUAAAUAUUUUGCCAGAAGGGGACGGGACUGAGGUGGGAGAAAAUGGAGUGACACUGAGUGGAGGACAAAAGGCUCGUCUUGCCUUUGCACGGGCUAUUUACAUGGAGAAGGGCAUUUACCUUCUUGAUGAUCCUCUGGCUUCAGUAGAUGGAGAUGUUGCACACCACCUCUUAGAAAAAUGCAUCUUGGGAAUCCUCAAGCACACAACAAGAAUCAUUUGUACGCACCGUAUCGAGUUUUUGGACAGAGCGGACAUGGUGAUCCUUAUGGAUGGUGGGACAAUCAUAAAAACAGGCACUCCUGAAGAGAUUCUCCCAAUGGUAGAAGUUGUGCCUAAGAACUGGAAGAAUGACAGCAACCGGAAGGAUAAAGAUGAGAGCCAGCAGGAACAGCCCCAGGACCAUGACACGCUGGUAGACUGCACAAUGGACCAAGAGCAAAAGCAGAUGGGUGUGGUGGCUUGGAGGGUAUAUAAAUCAUACAGGUUGGCAGUAGGUAGCUGCCUGACCUUCUUCAUCCUCAUCUCCCUGCUUCUCAUGCAAGCAUCAAAGAAUGCCUCAGACUGGUGGUUGUCGCACUGGAUCUCUCAACUGAAAAGUGGUAACAACAUUUCCCACAGCGUCCUCUUGAACAGGGACCUUUCAUAUCUGCUGCUUUUUUCACCCAGUGGAUUAAUAUACCCAGUCACUCUUGUAGAAACUGCUUCUAAGGCAAAUAUCACGUCAGACAUUAAGUUCUAUUUGACAGUCUACGGUUCCAUUGCUGCAGCCAACUCACUCUUCACUGCUGCCCGGGCCUUCCUCUUUGCCCAUGGAACCAUCUGUGCUGCUACAGUUAUCCACAAUAGGUUGUUGGACAGAGUGCUGAAGGCCACUGUCAGCUUCUUUGACACCACCCCAUUUGGCUGCAUUGUGAGCCGUUUCUCUUCUGACCUGUACAGCAUAGAUGACACAUUGCCCUUUAUUCUCAAUAUCCUUCUAGCUAACAUCUUCAGUCUGCUAGGCAUGCUGGUAGUGAUUAGCUGGGGCCUACCCUGGAUCCUGUUGCUGCUGCUGCCACUGGGCGGCCUGUACUACCACAUACAGCACUUCUACCGCCACACCUCCCGCGAGCUCAAACGCUUUUACAGCCUGACCCUCUCGCCCAUAUACACGCACUUCUCUGAGACUUUGACUGGAAUCAGCACGAUCCGAGCCAGUGGCAACACCACCAGGUUUGAGGAGGAAAACGAGAAUCGCUUAGAGAGGAAUCAGCGUUGUCUGUUUGCUAGCAAUGCAGCCAUGCAGUGGCUGGACAUCCGGCUGCAAAUGAUUGGUGUCGCCGUGGUGACCGGAAUCAGUGUGAUUGCUGUUAUUCAGCACCAAACCAGAUCCGUCAAUCCAGGCUUGGUUGGUCUCUUGCUAUCCUAUGCCCUGUCAGUCACCAACCUACUGUCAGGGCUCAUCUUCAGCUUCACACAGACGGAAACACAGAUGGUGAGCGUAGAGCGGACUGAAGAGUACUCUACUGACAUUCCAGUUGAACCACAGCUUGGUACCCUUGAGGUAUCCCACUCAUGGCCAGAGCAGGCGCAAAUAGAGUUUCGAGGGGCAGUGCUCACUUAUCGGCCAGGUCUGCCAAAUGCACUGGAUGGGGUGAGCAUACUGAUCCGCCCUGGGGAGAAGGUGGGCAUAGUGGGGCGCACAGGCUCUGGGAAGUCCAGCCUGUUCCUGGCCCUCUUUCGCAUGGUGGAACUGAGUGGUGGGCACAUCCUCGUAGACCAGGUGGACAUCACCCAGAUCGGUUUGGCAUCCCUGAGGUCAAAGUUGGCCAUUAUACCUCAGGACCCCUUCCUGUUCAGUGGGACAGUACGAGAGAACCUAGAUCCCUGUGGAUGUCACCAGGACUCUGACCUGCUGGAUGUGCUGGAGCAGUGCCAUCUCUGCCAGACCAUAGACAGGAUGGGAGGGCUGUGUGCAGAAGUGGGAGAAAAAGGGAAGUCUCUCUCCUUGGGGCAGAGGCAGUUGCUGUGCCUGGCACGGGCCCUACUGACACAGGCUAAGAUACUUUGCAUUGAUGAAGCUACAGCCAGUGUUGACCAGAAGACAGACAAGCUGCUACAACAGACUAUACAGGAGAAAUUCAGAGACAAGACUGUCCUUACCAUUGCCCACAGAAUCAACACUAUUAUGGAUUCUAAUAAAGUGCUGGUGAUGCAUGCAGGGAAAGCAGUGGAGUUUGACAGUCCUGCUGUUCUGUGCCAAAGAGAUGACUCUCUUUUCAAAAAGCUUGUGUAUGGACAGCCAGAGUGAGGAUAGACUAGCAGAAUAAGAUCAGGGAGAAAUGGAAAGUUGAAGGAACUAACAGUACCUGGCUUCUUGCUUCUGGCUUGGCCUGUUUCUUGCCACACUCUGAAGAAACUGCUGUUAUUAUUUAAUUUCUACUACUAGAUAUAAUGUCUGACAGACAAAAAUGGCGCUGCCCCUGCCUCCUCAGUCAGUCAUUCAGUCAGUCAGUCAGUCUUGCAGCAAUGUGUGUCAUUUUACAUAAAUACACAAACACAGACUCCACACAGAUACGAGGAUGACAACUGUGCAGGACUUAUGAGCACCCAAUCAACCAUUUGGGGUGACUAGUGAGCAAUGAGACACUGUCAUCCUGGGUGACUGAAACCCUGUGUUCCCUGGAAGACACUAUUGUGAAUAGAAUUUUUUACUUGUCCGAAACUGAAAAUAAAAGUCUAUUAAAAAAUAAAGCCGACAGAGAUAUGA